CUUCUUCUUCUUCAUAAUAAAGCCAGAAAUAUUUGGUACUCCACUUAAUGAAAUGACAUUUGCUCGAGCUCAUUGCUUCUUCUAAAACUCUGUAUUUUCUCUCACACAUUCCAUAGACAAACCCUAAUCUCAAUAGGAAUUGCGUAUUUCCAGCGCGAAAUUGGCGAUCGAUCCUUUUCAUAUCUAUCUACUUGUUUCCAAUCAGGCAUUGUUACUUUAUAUCAGUUAUUAUUAUUAUUUCAAUUCAAUUUCAAUUUGAAUUCUUUUUUACUGGUUUAGACCAUCUUCAACUAUACUCCAAAAAUGAGUUUUGGUAAAGAAAUCUUCUCCAACCAAACGCAAACUCAUUUUUAGUGUUUUUUUGUGAAACAACCCCAAAUACGGUCUUACUGCAAAAAUUUUGUGAGACAAAAACUUAAAAAUUGUGUAAAUUUUGAAUUUGGUGUAAAUGGUUGGAGUAAAACUACUUUUUGGUAUGACAUGUACUCGAAAAUGGGUUUGAGUUCGGGGUAAAUGAUUGGAGUUUAAAAUUGUUUUGCAGAAUAUUGCAUCUAAUUGCGUUGGAUAUCGAUUUUGUGCUGUAUCUUGCUCAUAUUCAUCUAAAGUUGAUAGGAUUUUGGAUAUUGAACUCUCAAAUACUAGUUUUGAUGCAUCCCUAAAGGAAUUAUGUCUUCUGCGCGCCCUCAGCAACCACGAGGUGGAAAAUUUCACAGAGAUCAUCGAUCACCUUGUGGUGGAAAUAGCAAUAUGAUCGUGAGGACUACUGACACAUCUAUUAAUUACUAUGGGGUCUAUGGCACACAUGACUACAACAACUACCAUGGCUCUAGUCAAACAUAUAGUUUGGAUGAACUCACGUAUAACUGUCAUGAGCCUGUUUAUGAACCAUCUUCCAAAAGGAGAAGGACUUCAACUUUCUCUUGUGAAAGCACUGCGAUUAUUUAUCAGCAGCAAGAGACAUCCCAAAAUGAUCUUGUAUAUCGUACUGCUGACCCAUGCAAACCUUCCAAAUACUAUAAUGCUUGCGGUGCCCAAUUAGUCUGCAAAACUUCUGCUGUUGUUGCUGAAACCAGGUCUGGUGGUGCCAAUGUGAAUGCUUUGUCCAUAUCGAAGCGUGACCGGUUAAAGUUUGAGGAUGAGGAAGUGGUUUUCAUGUCGAGGGAUGACAUAGAGAAGUCCUCACCUUCGAGAAAAGAUGGCAUUGAUCAGCUGCAUGAAACAUAUCUGCGAUACUCAUAUUGUUCCUUCCUUCAAAAUGUUGGGGCUAGGCUUCAUCUACCGCCAACAACCAUUGGGACUGCCAUGGUUCUCUGCCAUCGUUUCUUUGUUCGCCGCUCUCAUGCCUCUCAUGAUAGAUUCCUGAUAUCUACUGCAGUACUUUUCCUGGCUUCCAAGUCUGAGGAGACACCAUGCGCUCUGAAUGAUGUACUAAAAGCAUCGUGCGAAAUUCUCCACAAGCAAGACUUCUCACUUCUCUCAUAUAUGUUACCCAUUGAUUGGUUAGAAAAAUAUCGUGAACGGAUGAUUGAUGCUGAGCAAUUGGUCUUAACAACUUUAAAUUUCGAGCUAAAUGUGCAGCAUCCAUAUGAAUCUCUGACAUCUACGCUUCAGAAACUAGGCUUUGCGCAGUCUGUCUUGUUGAAUAUGGCCCUGAACUUUGUCAGUGAAGGACUUAGAAGUUCACUAUGGCUUCAGUUCAAACCUCACCAGAUAGCUGCUGGUGCUGCCUACCUUGCUGCCAAAUUCCUGAAUAUGAAUCUUGCUUCAUGUGAUAGCAUCUGGAAUGAGUUCCACACACCGCCAUCUGUACUUAAAGAUGUUGCACAUCAGCUAAUGGAAUUAUUUUAGAAGAUCUAAGAUGAACUGCCGAUUCAGCUUACAUUUCCAUAAACUCCCACUCUACUCUAGUUCAUCACGGUUUUAUUGAAGUUUUUCACAUAGUCAAUGACAAAACCUUCUUUAUGCAAAGUAAAUCAAGAAAACCACACUAAUUGUAAGUAUAUACUGCACAAACUCCCCUUAUAUCGUUGUAUGCAUCGACUCCAAUAUUAUGUUAUAACUUGAUGUAAAUAGUGAGACACAGGCAAAGAGAGUUGAAAAGCCAUUGAAAAAUGAUGGAUAAAAAAGUUCUCUCCUUGUAAACUCCUCAUUUCUUUUCCAUCUAUUUUUCAUCAAAA